UGCCUCCCCUUUUCACACUCCCCCGUCACUCCUCAAUCUCACGCGACACAAUUCAACACAGCGAUGCACAAUCAACAAGACCCUCCAGAUUCCUUCCUCUGUCCCAGCUUCAACAGCUAUUCCAACGAUGAACUCGCUGAUAUCGCUGAUCAGGUUGCCCGCGAGCAGUCUCGCCGCCAUGACGGCGCCGCUUCUGCCGACUCCGGUGAUUUCGAAUUCGUCACCUUUCGAAAGGCUGCCGAUGAGGUUUUCUUUGAUGGUGGUGUGGGCCCUGUUUUCCCUGUCUUCGAUCGGGACCUCCUGACGGAUGAUGAGACCGGUCCUCGUGGCUCCAGAGCAGAGGAGGAUGCGCUCGCUCUUCAAUUUUCGAUGGGGAAGCUGUUGAUUAACGACGAGCAUCAAGCGCCAGCCGAUCGUGAUCCGCCGUCGUCUUCCUCAUCGGACGUGGAUGAUUUGGAGUCGAUUCCGCCGGGGACAUACUGUGUUUGGGCUCCCAAACCAGACCAGGCUUCGCCUGCUAGAUGUGAGAAGAGCAAUUCCACGGGAUCGUCGUCGUUCUCAAAGAAAUGGAAGCUUCUGGAUUUGCUUCGGCGGAGCAACAGCGAUAGUAAGGAGUCGUUCGUGUUCCUGACGCCGUCCGGCUCGAUGAAGAAGAAGGAAGUGAAAACGGAGAAUUCGAGAGAGCAAUGGAGCUCCGGAAGCAGACAGUCAAUCAAAGUUGCCGGAAAGCAGAAAGCGAAGGGACCGGGGAAUUCAGGCGACGGCGAGAAGAAGGUGUCGGCUCACGAGGCCUUCUACGUGAGAAACAGAGAGCUGAAGAAAGUGGACAGGCGAAAGUCUUACUUGCCUUACAGACAGGACUUGGUUGGGUUCUUUGCAAACGUCCAUGGAUUAGGCAGGCCCUUUACACCAUUCUGAAAAUUUUGGGACGACAGAUUAGACUAUUAGAUUAGGUUAGGCUUUCCUUCUACUUUUACUUUUGAUCUUCUUCUAUGGAUUUUGGAUUAUCAAUUGCUUGAUAUAUAAUCCGAAACGUGUUGAUGCGGAAUCAUACGAAAAGCGUACAACGAUUCUGAUGGGUGUUGAGGAAUUUCGUUAAUUUUUGUCCACUACAGCAAAGGUGGCCCUUCGGCAACGGAAGGAGGUUGCUUGGAGGUCUUAUUCUCCUUAGGAGGCAUUCGAAAGUUUUAUUGUUGAAAAAAAUUAAGAGUCAAGGUUAAGAAAUUCAGAGAAAAUUUUGUUUUUGUGUUUGAAGUUCCGUAGUUGUAUACAAGUUUCGACAAAAUUAAGGUGCCUAUGGUUUAAUUCUCCGUUGGGCCAAAAACUAGUUCAAUGUCCAUUAAUCUGUUACUAAUCGUAA